AUGAGCUUGGAAGAGGACUCUGAGCCCCAGAUGGGAACACAGCCUAGGCCAAAUUUUGGUUACAUCCGUGUUAGACCCCAGCAGAGACCCCAGCUGCAUUGUGCCUGGACUUCUGACUUACAGAUACGACUACUAUGCACCACCCUGCUCGGUGUCUGGUACCUGAUCCUCAAUGCCGCGGUACUGCUGAUUCUGUUGAGCGCCCUGACUGAUCCAGAUUAUCACCACUUUUCAAGUUCUGACCUCGGGGGUGACUUUGAGUUCAUGGAUGAUGCCGACAUGUGCAUUGCCAUCGUGAUUUCUGUUCUCAUGAUCCUUAUCUGUGCCAUGGUUACAUACAGAGCAUACAAGCAAUACACAGCCUGGAUCAUCCCAUUCUUCUGCUAUCAGAUCUUUGAUUUUUCCCUGAACACCUUGGUUGCGGUCACCAUACCUGUUUAUCCAAACUCCAUCCAGGAAUACACACAACAGCUGCCUCCUGAUUUUCCUUACAAAGAUGAUAUCAUGUCAGUGAAUCCUACCUGUUCGGUCCUCGUUAUUCUUCUGUUUACCAGCAUUAUCUUGGCUUUUAAGGGUUACUUGAUUAGCUGUGUUUGGAACUGCUACCGAUAUAUUGAUGGCAGGAACUCCUCUGAUGUCCUGGUUUAUGUUACCAGCAACGACACUACAUCUUGA